AAUACGUGUCAAGUUUUUAUCAUUAGUUAAACUCUAGUUUGUGGAAAUGCAACACGAGAUGCUCUUCAGGAUAAUCCUUAUCAAUAUUUUAAUAAAUUUCGUUUUUUCUCACGUUACUAAAACAGUCCAACUUAACCCAUUAGUGCGAAAAAAACGAUAUUUGACAUUCCCUGAAGACAGCAAUUUAGUGCUAACUUUAUCUCUCCUCAAAGCCUUACUAAUUGUCCAACCUCGAGGAUGGAACCUUGCGUUGGAAAUGGACAUACCUUUCAAUCUUCCAAGUGACACAAGAUGGUUCAAAAAACGAAAAUUGCACAAACGCGAUGUUUUGUUUCAAUUGGAGAAAGCCUUUUUUCAAGGGGGUUUGAAUGGCAGUGCAUGUGUGAAAAGAAUGAUUUGUGACGCUCAUCAUUAUAUUCAUACGGAAGGAAAAUCUCUAGUCGCAAACUUCUUAUCGGCUAUAUUCAUGUCCUCUGAAAUUGAUUUCGGAGUGAGAUACGAGGAUUCCUGUCGUGCCAUAACGGCUCUGGAAUGCGAAAUACCAUUUCUCAGCUACAUUUUAGGAAGUUUGUUUACCACAUAAAAAUUAUUUGAAGCGGAAACGUGCCUUAUUUUUAGAGUUUAUUGAGGAAAAUGCACAAGUGAAUGUGAGCCAUCAGAUUGAAAACUAGGCGAUUAAUUUUUCUACUCUAUUUAGUUUCAAUAAAUGCGAAACAAACUUUAUAUUUAUCUGUUGGGUGUAUUGUUUGUGUUUUUACUGGCAGUAAAUUUUAAUAAAAGUCAA